AUGGACAUCUUGGACUUGGAAGAGGUGGACGAUCUCGAUGACUUCGACCUCGGCCCAUCCUCUGCCUCCGUUGCUCCUCACAAGCCGCGUCCGAUCGAUGUUUCUAAGUGGAGCAGCAAGGAGGAGGCAACUGCUCAAGAACCGCAGGUUAAGCACGCUGAGGUAGAGAAGUUUGUGCUGGACGCGGAGGAAGUCCGUCCAUUCACCCCCGACGAGGAGCCUCCCCGCGCUGGCCCUGUGGAGGAGGCGGUGCAAACCUUCUCUUCCAGACCGAAGGAGGUCGACAAGGCCUCGGAGCUCCUCAAUCGGAUCAACCAGCGAGCCAAGGAAGGAGGAGGAUCGACAGGGAGCAAGGAGGCGAAGGGAGGGCAGGUGCCGGAGCUCCAUGUGUUCGACGCACAGGGGACAGCUCCUCCCAUUCUCAGCGAGUCCAAGUUUCGCUUCUUCCUCGGGCGAUGGCUGCAGACCAUCGCAGGAGGCCCCAAGCUGACGGGGAGCGAAGGUUGCGUCUCUCUCUCGCUCACUGCAGGGCAGGCGGCCAUGUGGCUCCUCCCAGCAGUCGUCGGCAUCGCCAUGUCGAUUGUCUCAGAGAAGAUGCAGACAUGGGUGGCGGGUCUGAUAGCAGGAGGUGUUCAGUUGGUGGUCAGCCUGCUCCUCUCAGCAGCGAGGGAGAGGAGAUCCAACAGGGUCGCUUCCUCCUCACCCGCACGUGGCAACAUGCUGGCGGAUGAGGAUGAGGUUGACUUUGGAUUGUGCUCCUCUCGAGGUUUUCUCUUCAUCUUCCCCCCGCGAGGAGCAAGAAGCAUCUUCUAUGUCCUCACAUCCUCCUGCGCGUUGGGCCUCCUGGUCGUCUACAUGCAGCCGACAAGAGUUAAACUGGCCUUAGCCACGAGCAGCGAUGCGAGUCUGGGUGAGUCUCCACGAGCCCUUGACGACCUCUGA